GUGAAUCAUACGAGGCGUAGGUCGAUACUGGAGCUUAAGAGCUUAACGGCAACAUCACCGAGCGCGCCUCGGUCAGGUCCGGUCCAGUGUGUUGAAUUGAAUUUAGCACCGCCGCCGCCUGCUCAGCGAAAAGCGAACCACACAGAAACAACGUACGUGUCAGUGUAUUACGUGUCUCGGCCGAACGAUGGGAGUGGUUGGAAAGGGCAACGGGAUGCGUGCACUCAUCCUAGUCGGUGGCUACGGAACGCGGCUCCGUCCGCUGACUCUCAGCACACCGAAACCGCUGGUGGAGUUUGCCAACAAACCGAUCCUCCUGCACCAGAUCGAAGCGCUCGUCGAGGCGGGCGUCACGCAGGUGAUCCUGGCCGUGUCGUACCGUGCCGAGCAGAUGGAGGCCGAGCUGAGGCUGCAGGUCGAGCGGCUCGGCGUUCGGCUCGUCUUUUCACACGAAACCGAGCCCCUGGGGACGGCGGGCCCUCUGGCGCUGGCCAAAUCGAUUCUCAGCGAAAGCACCGAGCCGUUCUUUGUGCUCAACUCGGACAUCAUUUGCGACUUUCCGUUCAAAGAGCUGGAACAGUUCCACCGGCGGCACGGGCGCGAGGGUACGAUCGUGGUGACGCGCGUCGAGGAACCGUCCAAGUACGGCGUGGUCCUGUACGCGGACGACGGGUGCAUCAAGAGCUUCAUCGAGAAGCCGCAGGAGUUUGUGAGCAACAAAAUCAACGCCGGCAUGUACGUGCUCAACCCGUCCGUGCUUCGGCGCAUCGAGCUGAAGCCUACUUCGAUCGAGAAGGAAAUUUUUCCCGUGAUGUGCCACGAGAAGGAGCUGUACGCGUUCGAGUUGCACGGUUUCUGGAUGGACAUCGGGCAACCGCGCGACUUUCUGACCGGCAUGUGCCUCUACCUGACCUCGCUACGCCAACGGCACCCGGAGCGACUGUACGCCGGACCGGCCGGCUUCGUGGGGAACGUGCUCGUUGAUCCGACGGCCACCAUCGGAGCAGGCUGUCGCAUCGGGCCGAACGUUACGAUCGGUCCGAACGUGGUGAUCGAGGACGGAGUGUGCAUCAAACGGUGCACCAUUCUGAAGGACGCCAUCGUCAAGUCGCACUCGUGGCUGGACAGCUGCAUUAUCGGGUGGCGCUGCGUCGUAGGCCGCUGGGUACGGCUCGAGGGCAACACCGUGCUCGGGGAGGACGUGAUCGUGCAGGACGAAAUCUACAUCAACGGGGGGCAGGUGUUGCCGCACAAGAGCAUAGCGCUCAGUGUCCCCGAACCACAGAUCAUUAUGUAGGGGCGUCGCUCCUGCCUCCCUCCCUCCCUGCAUUCUCCUUCAGCCAGAGACCAAACUGCCGAACGCCUGCGAUGAGCCGACGUUGCCAGGCGGGCAUUUUUGUUGUUGUUUAACCGAUGGUUGCUAAGAUCGAUUGGUCGAAGAGUGAGCACACUCGAAUUCAAGAGUUGAUUUUAAUUGUACAUGUAAUCCGUAUAUUCCAUUCCAGAA